AAAACCCCAAAAUGAUAUUAAUAGAAAGAUUGGAAUUAUAUGAGAGUUUUUGGGGUUUUGUCGAGUUAUCAGGAUAUACAGUCGACGAUGUUAAUGCCGGCGAGAAUUCGCCUCUUCACCCAUCGUUUCUCUUCACUCCUUCCAUCAUCUUCUUCCUUUUCUCCUCCUCCUCCAUUUUCACUCACUUUCAGAACCUCCCUCUCUCACUCUGCUCCACCCCAGUCCCACCAUGUCUCCGCCACUAAAACCCCCAAAAUCUCCAUCUCCGACUCCGCUAAAUUCGUCCGAACUGUCCUGUUUAUCCCACCGGGAACAGACCCGGAAGAAGUCACCGAAGACAUGAUCUUACCCGGCUCCAACAUCGUUCUAGGCCCUUACGCCGGCGAAGCCAAAGUCAAAGAGGUUCAAUUCAUCGGAAGCAGCAUUCGCCCCAAAGAUUGCCCUAAAGAUGAGCGACCCGAAUUUGCAAUGUUGGGUCGUUCCAAUGUCGGGAAGUCUUCCUUAAUCAACUCCUUAGUUCGCAAGAAAGAAGUCGCUCUCACCUCAAAAAAACCAGGGAAAACUCAACUCAUCAAUCAUUUCUUGGUGAAUCGAAGUUGGUACCUCGUUGAUUUGCCUGGUUAUGGAUUUGCUAAUGCCCCAGAAUCUGCAAGAAUGGAUUGGUCUGCAUUCACAAAAGGUUACUUUCUAAAUCGAGAAUCAUUAGUAAGCAUUCUGCUUCUUGUUGAUGCAAGUGUCCCACCUCAGAAGAUUGAUCUUGAUUGCGCUAAUUGGAUUGGACGAAACAACUUACCAAUGACAAUUGUUUUCACAAAAUGCGAUAAAAUGAAGAACAAGAAGGGAAAUCGGCCUGAUGAGAAUAUUAAAAGUUUUUCAAGAACUGAUUAAAGAAAGUUACAAGAUUCAUCCUCCAUGGAUAAUGACUAGCAGUGUUACUGGUUUGGGUAGGGAUGAGCUUCUUUUGCACAUGUCACAGCUUCGGAACUAUUGGGAUAACUAGGGUUCUCAAGAAAGAAGAUAAUGAAUGCAACACAAUACUUCAAAUUUUAUGUCUUUUUUGGGUGGCAUGAAAUAGGUUUUGUAAUGUUUAGGAUAAUAUUACAGAACAGAUUAUACAUAUUUUGAACACCUUGUGCUUAUUUGGAGAGUAAUAGGGGGUGUGAAUGUAGAUUAGAAGAGUUUCAUGGACUCAAUUGAAACACUUAAAAUGUGUGGUGUUCUUUGAGGUGAAGGAUAUGUAUGUGAUGACAUAUUCAGGUGAA